AUGGAUUUGAACGGAAAGUACCGGGCUAAUAUAACUGCAGAUGAAGAGCUUAGGAUCGCUGGUGCUUUUAAAGAUGGGGAGCAAGUCGUUGUAGAACCGCUCUCAUAUGAUCUACUAUAUCCGGACUCUCUUGAGAGCGGCAGGAUCAUCCAACUUGCGCAACACCUUUUUGCUCUCUACUCUUGCUUGAAGACCGUCGAGAAUGAGAUUAUGAAGUAUUGCAUCUUCAAUCCUAGCUGUCAUAUUCUAAUUUUUCUUUUAUCUAGUCCAAAACCACCUUCAACAAACGAACCAGGUUGCCCUCGCGUGUUCGGGAAGAUUCUCAAUAGCGAGACCAAUCAAACCGGGCAACUAGAAUUCAAGAAGCUUCGCAAGGAACAUUGGCAAGUUGCGGGUCAAACCAUUAACUACCUGAACCUCAUCUUUGACGCAACUCUUGACGGAAUUAAUGUGCUUGCGAAAGUGCUCCUUCGCCCAUAUGGGAACGACGUUCAUGUCCAUCUCGCGGCUCAAAAUAUGGCUCCUCAGCUAUACGGAACUUCCAUUGUGCAUGGUGUUGCGCGUGUAGCGGUCAUGCAACUCUUGGAGGAUGGCUGGAUCACGCUAUUCGACUAUCGUCAUAAUUGGCACCGGAAUGGUAUCCAAGAAGAGCCCAAGAUCCGCCUCUUGAAACGACUGGAGGAAAUUCUCGAAUGUCUGGAAUCUGGGGGGAUGGUUCAUGGCGACUUUCGCAUGGCGAACAUUAUGUUGAAAAUAGGCGAAGAAGAGAAAGCGGUGUUGAUCGAUUUCGACUGGGCUGGAGAAGCUGGGAAAGUAAAGUACCCCGUCACCCGUAGUGAUGACUUAGGGUAUCCUGGAGAGCCAGGAGGGCCUAUUUCGGCGGGAGAUGAUCGUCAGUAUUUUGAAACGUGGCGUAACGAGCUAAAUUCAACUGUGGAUCCUCAAUAA